AUGAAUACCCUCCUUCCCGAAACCCAACUUUCCGCUCCAAUGGAUUCAAAAUCAAAACUUUGGACAACACAAACUUCAACUUCUACCAGCUGUAGCAGUAGCAGCAGCAGCAGCAGCGAGAACGACGAGAGCCCCUUUUGUUCCCAACGCAUACCCAUCGUCGUUUCUGCCUUGUUCCAUUCUCACCGAUCACUCGCAGUUCUCUCGGGACACAUGGGCUCCGUUUCAUGCUUGGCCCUGUGCGGGGAGUUCAUCCUGAGUGCCUCUCAGGGUAAGGAUAUCAUAGUCUGGCAGCAACCGGAUUUGAGGCUGUUUGCAAAGUUCGGACAAGGAGAAGGAUCAGUGAAAGCACUUGCAACGGUUGGCAACAAGGUUUUCACCGCACAUCAAGAUAGCAGGAUCAGAGUUUGGAAGGUGUCGAGAAGCUCAGAGAACGUGUUCAAGCUUGUUGAUUCUCUUCCCACAACCAAGGACUAUUUGGGGAAGUUCAUGAAGCAGAGCAACUAUGUCCAAACUCGGAGGCACCACAAGCGUUUGUGGAUUGAGCAUGCAGAUAGCAUUUCUUGCUUGACGGUUUAUAAUGGGUUGAUUUAUUCUGGGUCGUGGGAUAAGACUCUUAAGGUGUGGAGGCUCUCGGAUUUAAAGUGUUUGGAGUCAGUUAAGGCUCAUGAUGAUGCAAUCAAUGGAUUGGUGGCAUGUAAAGGGGUUGUGUAUUCUGCUUCUGCUGAUGGAAAGAUUAAGGCUUGGGGGAGAAAAGAUGUGAAGGGGGAGCAUUGUUUGAAGGGGGUUUUGGAGGGUCAUAAGGAUGUUUCUUUUAAUGCUAUUGUUGUUUCUGAGGAUGGGAAGUGGGUUUAUGGAGGAGGUUCUGAUGGGUUUGUGAUGGGGUGGGAGGGGAGUGGGAGUGGGGGUUUAGAGAGUUGGAAGCUGGUCUCUGAGACCAAAGCACAUGAGAUGGCUGUGUUGUGUAUGUGUCUAAUGGGGGAGUUUUUGUGCAGUGGAUCAGCGGAUAAAAGUAUAGGGAUUUGGAGGAGAGAGGCUUUUGGUAAGCUUUGUAGAGUUGGAGUCAUAAGUGGCCAUGAAGGGCCUGUGAAGUGUUUGCAAGCCUCAUCUAACAGGAUUGGUGGUGGAUUUUUAUUGUACAGUGGAAGCCUUGACAAAAGUGUGAGAGUUUGGUGGGUUCCAAAGUAUAAUGAUGCAGAAGUAGAGGAUAACAACUCUACAAAAUUUGGCACAAUGAAUAAAUCCAUCCCCCCAUGCUAG